AUGUGGACACCACGCCAACGUGCAUUCAAGGUGGUUGGUAGAAUGUACACUGUAUCACCACAUGACUCUGAACGUUUCUACCUACGUAUGAUCCUGCUCUACAAAAAAGGUGCUACAAGUUUUAGUGAUUUAAAGGUAUUAAACGGUGUUGCAUAUGACACAUACCGUUCUACUGCACAAGAAAUGGGACUUCUACAGGAUGAUUGUGAGUGGGAGAAAUGUUUAGAAGAGUCGUUGACAUUUCAGAUGCCUGCAAAAGUAAGGUAUCUAUUCAGUGUCAUGUGUUUAUUUUGCGAGCUCAUUGAUCCCAAAAAACUAUGGGAUAAAUUCAAGGAAGGGAUGUGUGAAGACUUGGUCCGAAAUCACAACAACUAUGAAGCAGCAAUGCAACAUGGAUUGAAUGAAAUGUCAAUAUUACUCCAGGAACAUGGCAAGAAACUGUCUGACUACGAGUUACCAGAUCCAGAGUUUAUAGGAGUUAACGAAACAACAACUGAAACAAGAUGUGUGCCAUGCACACCUGAUGAAGCUGAAUUACUAAAAACCAGAUUGAACAAGGAACAGCUUCACAUAUUUAACAAUGUCUUGAAUGCAAUACAAAACAAAAAAGAAACAAGCAGAUUAUUCUUUGUUGAUGGUGUAGGAGGCACAGGGAAAUCAUACCUUUUUAACACGUUGAUAAAAUAUGUUACUGCUUAUGGCAUGAAAGUCUUAGCAGUCACGUGGACAGGAAUAGCGAGUACUCUUCUUGUAGGAGGCCGAACGGCUCAUUCAACAUUUAAGCUUCCAGUACCAAUCACAGAAACAUGCACCUCGGACCUGCGAGAGAAUUCAGCACCUGCCGAGGUCAUAAGAAGAGCUGACCUGCUCAUAUGGGACGAAAUAAGCAUGGUACCCGUUCACGCUUUUAAAGCUGUCGAGAGGGUCUUGCGUGAUAUAAAAAACUGUGAUACAGAAUUCGGUGGCAUCACAUUAGUAACAGGAGGAGAUUUCAGACAGACAUUACCUGUUCUAAAAAGAGCCCGUCGCACACAAAUUAUCCAAAACAGCAUGAAAUCCUCACCAAUAUGGUGGAAACUUGUAAAGUUCUCAUUACAUACAAACAUGAGGGUGAACUCUGAAGAAAAGGAAUGGUCUAGAUGGCUUGUGAAGCUUGGAAAUGAAACAGAUUCGGAAGAAGAGAUGUUGGACUAUCCUGUAGAAUUUUUAAACUCAGUAACACCAUCUGGAAUGCCUCCACACAAGCUACAGGAUGACCAAGAUAUUACGGCCAAUCGCAGCAACGGUGGCAUCGAGCCUGGCGAGGGACCAAAAACCUCCUACCAAAAGCCGCAACCCGCAUUUGUUCCUUAUCCAACACCUUUGACUCCGGAAGAAGUCCUGGGAACAGCACUGGAUAACGAUCCUAAGCGGCUGAAAGCUCCAGCCUAUUACAACGAGUUGUGCUCGAUGAUCAGUGAGAACAGGAUCGACGCCUUCCAGACUUAUGCGGGGAACAAAUCCACCAGCAUCCGCCUGCGCAGGUGCAUUUGGCAGAUCGACGUGCUCUGCUUGGAAAUGCGACGAGGAUUGGGAGUGAAAGGCGAAGAGGCUAUGAUGGAUGGAGCUACGACAGGGACGACGUCUCGGACAAUGAGGGGAUUCACGUUGUCAUCGACAACUAGAAUCAAGCGCUAUAAACCCUGUAGUCUCAACAUGGAUAGUCAUACGGGACAGCCAUACAUGUUGUCACUGUUUCUGAGUCUCCACAAUGAAUGCUUUGGAAAUGGGUAUGUAUGUGAUUUACAGUCUUUGCAACGUAAGUUGAAUGUGUUUGCAAAAGAACAGGUCAUGAGUACUGGGAAGAUGAAGGCAUUGAAGAAAAAAAGCCAGCAUGCAGGCAAAUGA